UGAAACGGCUAUUGCUGCUAAACGUUACCAGUUAACACUCUUUUCAAAUAUAUUCACAUUAGUCAUCAAGUGAAGCUCGGAGCAAAAUUACACUUUGGCAAGCAGUCGUGUGUUCGUAAAAUGCACACAAGGAAUCCAGACCAAAUUACCGACAUUCUGGUGAGACACAACCGUAGGUGGCGCUAACCAUGGAUCGCUGGCGAAGAAGUGGAAAUGUGACGUUGGCUCCACAUCACUUCCCUAUGCCACGAAAGACAGCCGGGAGCUAAGUGUAAACAGCAACAACCAAAGAAGUUGAAAAGACAGAUACAGACAGCGCUGGAGUGACCCCAAGACAGAGGCGAGAUGGACACCAAAGUGGAGGAUCCGUUUGCUGAAGAGGCCGCGGCAGAGCCCCCAGCGGUCCAGAGCAUCGUGGGGAGACUGUGGCUGGUCAAAGGCAUGUCGGGGACGAUGGCGAAGGACUGGCUGGACCGGCGGCGCAAGUCCAUCCGUCCGUGGGCCUCGUUCGUGGACCAGCGCAAGUUCUCCAAGCCGCGCAACUUCGGAGAGGUGUGUCAGCGCGUCGUCCGUAACCUGGACACCUACCAUAGCAACUACACCUUCAUCUUCCUCGGCCUGAUCCUCUACUGCAUUAUCAGCUCUCCCAUGCUGUUGAUCGCCUUGGCUGUGUUUGCUGGAGCAUUCUACAUCAUCCACCUCAAGUCUCUGGAGAACAAACUUGUCGUGUUUGGGCGGGAGCUAACGCAGGGACACCAGCUGGGAUUGGCUGGAGGGGUCUCCUUCCCUGUGUUCUGGUUGGCUGGAGCUGGUGCAGCCGUCUUCUGGGUUCUGGGUGCCACGCUGGCUGUGAUUGGCUCCCAUGCUGCAUUCCGUGAGCUGGAGUCGUCAGACUUGGAUGACCUCCUGAUGGAACCCGUCUAGAACUCGACCCUUGGUCCCUCAACUCUGACCUUUCAGCUUCUCAAGCCUCCUGCAUACCCAGAAUGCACCUCUUCUCAAGCCUCCUGUAUACCCAGAAUGCACCCCUUCUUGAACCUCCUAUUUACCCAGAAUGCACUGUGCUUGCCUCCUCUAUGGGGACACAAGAUAUGGACCAUUCCACAUAUGAACACAAACACACACACACACACACACCGCUCCUGUGGUAGUUGAUUAGACCAUAUCAUUAGAUAUGGUUCUGGAGUGCUCCAUACUCACACACACACACACACACACACACACACACACACACACACACACCGCUCCUGUGGUAGUUGAUUAGACCAUAUCAUUAGAUAUGGUUCUGGAGUGCUCCAUACUCACACACACACACACACACAACACACACACACACACACACACACACACACACACACGCACACACACACACACACACACACACACCGCUCCUGUGGCAGUUGAUUAGACCACAGCAUGAGCCCAGAGGUGUGCGCUUAUAGAUGCGUCAUGUAUGAUCUAUAUCAUAUCAUAUCUAUAUAUUAUAUCAUGUCCAUAUAUGGUGUGCAGGACGAGGCAGCGCAGCCAGCGCGCAGAUCCUGUAGUGCAGCCUUUAGAAUCUUCAGACUUUUCGCUGCUUGUCUAGAAUGGCCCCGAUGUGGCCCUGAUGUGGCCCUGAUGUGGCCCUGAUGCCAGUCGAAGAGCACAGCGUGCGUUAUUAUGGUACAUUAGUGCAAAUGGUUUUUUUUACUUUUUUUUUCCUAAUGUUUUUUAUUGUGAAAGUUUGUGCCUAAAGUUACUUAAAACAGGUCAAAUACUUUUGCAUUAUGUACAAAACUAAACAAGUAUGUGAACACUUGUGUCUGUAUCUUAUAUCUAUGCUUCACAAAUCAUGUUUCUGAAUGAUUGAUAGAGCUGGGGUGUGUUUUCCCAAAACACAGAGUUGCUAACUAAGUCAGCAUAGAUUAUCUGACCAGAUAGAUUGAGUAGAUUUAGUUGAGUUCCUUUAAGAUUAGCAUGGCUAGCUGACUCUAGCAUAGUUAGCUGACUAGCAUAGUUAGCUGACUCUAGCAUAGUUAGCUGACUCUAGCAUACUCUAGCAUAGUUAGCUGACUCUAGCAUAGUUAGCUGACUCUAGCAUACUCUAGCAUAGUUAGCUGACUAGCAUAGUUAGCUGACUCUAGCAUAGUUAGCUGACUAGCAUAGUUAGCUGACUCUAGCAUGGUUAGCUGACUCUAGCAUACUCUAGCAUAGUUAGCUGACUAGCAUAGUUAGCUGACUCUAGCAUAGUUAGCUGACUAGCAUAGUUAGCUGACUCUAGCAUGGUUAGCUGACUCUAGCAUACUCUAGCAUAGUUAGCUGACUCUAGCAUGGUUAGCUGACUCUAGCACACUCUCAUAUUCUCCUCUGUGCUCAUUAAAUCUCCUCUUUCGGCGCACAUGUUUACCCCCUGCGGAUCUGCAACCCGUUGCUCCUUAUUUUGUACAAUAACUAAUGGGAUGUGCAAUAAAUCUACAUGCCUGUU